CAGACGACUGUAGAGUUUAGUAGUUCGUGUCAUGCGUUUGUACGGUAUUGUGUUGCGUUUUCUGUGUAAUAUGUAAGUGAUUUGAUGGUGGAGACAGGAAAUCACGGAAAGACACACAUUGAGUGUGUGCCUUAGGAGGGCCAUCAUGGACUACAAGGGAACUAGUUGGGUGAAAAAAGAGAAGAAUGAAAUAUAUGCUGAACCAGAAUCCUUGUUUCUUGAAGGUCCGCUAAAGAUUGUAAUGCCUAGUCUCCAUAUAAAGCAAGACCUAGAACUGAAACAGGAGGAUGGCAUUGAGCGUGAUUGUCUUGAAGAUAACUUGGUAAUCUCUCAUCCAAAUGAUUUUAUCAAGGAGGAUCCUGAACUAAAUUUGGAGGUGGCAGCCUCAAUAAGAAAAGCAUCUGAUAGUUUAAGGUACAUUGGAGGUGCACAUAUAGCUGAAGCACUGUAAAAGUAUAAGUUCAGCAUCUUCAUAUGUAACACUGUGAAGUCACUUCAGCAUGCACCUGGAACACAGAGCAGCAGAAUGAAGAACAUUUCAUUUA